AUGAGCGGCUCGUCUACCCCCUCCAACCGCGAAGAGCUGAUGUUCCUCGGUACGACAUGUCACCAGGCGUCAUGCAAUUUGAACGACUUUCUGCCCUUCAGCUGCCCCGCGUGCAAGCUCUCGUUUUGCCAGCCCCACUUCCUCCCCAGCCAGCACCAAUGUAAAGCUCCACUUCCGGCGUCCAUGGUCGACCGCAUCGCCCCAAGCUGCCCCCUCUGCAACGAGGUCGUCUCGUACCCUCCUGGCGGCAAGCUGGAUCCCAACGAAGCCGUCGAGCGUCACAUUUUGUCGGGAACGUGUACCGGCAUGGAAGGCGGUGAAGCGCGCAAGAAGGCUGAGCUCAAGCGUCGAAAGGAGAAGGGCGAGGUGUGCUUCCGUCGAGGCUGCAACAAGGUGCUGGUCGUCCCCAUGAACUGCGAGGCCUGCAGGCGCAGCUUCUGCCCAUCACACCGAACGGCGUCAUCCCACUCGUGCGGAGUCACACCCAACACCUCCGGCACCAGUACGCCGCAGCCGCAGUCCCGCCCCAGCGGCAACGCCAAGACCGCUGGCUCGCGCCUUCUCCAAUCCCUUCCCUCCGUCGCCAAGCCCACAGCGAAGCCCACCACAACGGGCAAGCUCCCAUCGUCCUCGGCCCCCGCGCACAAGCCCAACCCUAUCGCGGCUGUCCAGGCAGCAUCUCCACAACUCGAGGCCCGUGCAGCAGCCGCGGCUGCGGCGAUGAAGCGUGCUGGUCAAGACGUCAAGGUUCCCUUUGUCAAGACCAAGCAGGAAAAGCGAGCAAACGCGGAGACCCAGUCGCAAAUCCAGGCCCUCAAGGCUCGACACGACAAGGGCCUCCUAAGCAAGGCUGAGGAGGUGCGAUAUGCCGAGCUGGUCGGUAAACGAGAGUCUGGGCGUCGUAGUGGAGAGAAGGACAAAGACUGUAUCAUAGCAUAG